AUGAUAAUGUUUUUUAUGUUACAGGAUGUAGAGAAAACUGCCCCAGAAUCUGCUAGAAAAGAAGCAGAUAUGUCUGACAAUGAAAGUGCUGGACUUUAUUAUGGUGGACCUUCUGACGAGGACGAAGUCAUAUGUGAUGGUGGUGAAUAUGACAAAGGACCGCUAGAUUCAGCUACCAAACAACAAGAUAAGUCUGACACUGAAAUGGCAGACAUUUCUGAAGAUGAUAAAGACGUGUUUCCUGCUGAGGAACACAAAACUGGAGAUGAUGAGGACGUCUUGCCUGAGGAUGAAACCAAAACUGGAGAUGAUCAGGACAUGUUGCAUCAGGAGGAAAGCAACGUUGGAGAUGAUCAAGAAUUGUUUAAUCAGGAGGAAAGCAACGUUGGAGAUGAUCAAGAAUUGUUUAAUGCUCCUAGUUCCCCAAAACGUGGAGCUGACGAAUUGGAGGCUUCUCCGGCUGAUGAACCUACAAUUGCUGGUCAGAGGAAUGCUGGAGGGGCUAUUGGCGUUGAUGGCAACCUUAGUUCUAUGCCUUCACCGUCUUCUGUACUAACAGAGUUGGGAACCUUUGUUGAUGUAACUGCUGGUACCAAUGUCAUCGAGGAGGAAACAAAAAAUGAUUUUGAUGUGGGAGUAAGUGAGUCUCAAAAACCUGAGGAUGUUGUCCCCGUAAAAGAGAAGAAAUCUGUUAAACGAAGAGUUAUUUUUGAGGAUACAGAGGAUAUAACCGCCUCUACCACGGAAAAUCAAGAGGAACCGAAGAAGGAUGCAUGUGUUGAAGGAAGUGAUGGUCAAAUUCCUGAUGAUUCCAAGGAUGUCGAGAUAUUAAUUGAGACGAAAGAAUCAUCAUCAAACUCUGCUUGUGAAAUGGGUGAUCGAUUAAGAGGGUUCCCUAAGAAUUAUCGGUGCGGAGAACCUAUAGUGAUGAAGACGUCAAAAACUGCUAGAAAUCCUGGCAGAUUGUUUCAUGCUUGUCCUUUUGGAGACAAUGAUAAUAGGUAUCAUGUGUUCAAAUGGACGGAUUCUUGUAUGGUGGAAGAGAUACAAGACUUGAUAGAGAAAGUUGAUAACUUAUAA